GGCGGCCUGAGGCGGCAGGUGCCUUAAGAAGCAAUGGCCACAGCGGCUCUUCUGAACUUAGCACCAUCUCACCUCUCCUUCCCUUCCAGCACAGCAGCUGCCUUCUCGUGGACAAACGCCGUCGACAUGCACGGCACCAGGCCAAAAUCUGCCAAGGGACGCACGAGGCCAAGCUUUAGUUACUCUCAGAGCGUGGAAGCCUGUCCUUGCCAAGUGCCAUCUUCUCUGCCACCAGCCACUCCUCACAGAUUAGUGAACAGCCGGAGAGCAUUGUCCACAAAACCAGCAUUCCCAUCCAGCCAGGUAUCUCCUGAGAAAAUCCCAGAGCUCCUGCAGCAAGUGCCUUUGAGGACCUCCUCUUCCCUGAACAAGUACAGGGUGCUCCCCUCCAUCGGGUGGAAAGGGGCAGGGAACGGCGCCAUGGAAGCGGUGGCUGAACAGACAGACCGGCUGAAAGUGAGUGGGGGGCAGGAGGAUGCUCCAAAAAUCAAAACUCUUCCCAGAGAGCAAGGAACUGUCAGUGUGUUGUCAGAAAGUGGCAUCCCCGAUGAAGAGAGCCCACACGUGCAGUGUCCUGAGAAACUGGGAAGGAAAAUGAGGCAAGAAAGCCCUUUGAUGUCAACUUUAGGUUUGGAAGAGCCACCGAAAGAAGAGUCGUGCUUGCUGCUCGCUAUUCGAUCCCCCUCUGGUCAGAGAUUUGAACAUCAUUUCAAGCCCACUGACAGUCUCCAGAUGGUCCUUGCUGUGGCAGAACAGAAAAUGUCAGCAAAAUACAAAUGCUGCUGCAUUGAAACGAUGGAGAUGCCCCGAAGGAGUUUCUCUGACCUUAGGAGGUCCCUCCAGGAAUGUGGGAUUCUCCACAAGUCCCUGCUGUGCAUCCGAUGGAAAGAGCAGCACGACGCAGAUCUUUAGGCGCAAGGAGACGCCGCCGUGGGUCGUUCUGCUGAGUGGGAUGCAUUACUUCUGAAAAAAUGAGAGUCUGAUCUUUCCUGGGCCUACUUCUUCAUCUUGCCAUCUUCCCAAAAUUCCCCUGGAAGCCAACUUGUGUAUAUGUGUUGAAAUAGUAUUUCAAGUCUAUGUAGCUGCUACCUAAAUAGCAUUUUUCCUCACAUGUGCCAUCACAAACUUCUUCCUGACCACCACCAAUCCUUGGCCUUUUUGGUUUUUUUUUUAAAUUUCCCAUGUUCUUCUUUGAAGACUGAAGUCUCCGAGACCUCUCCCUUUGUCAUUUUCUCUCUUUCAGGAAGGUACCACUUCCCAGAGUGGAUCUGGAUGCAGAGGCACCUAUUUGGGAAGGUAAAGACAAAACUGCUUUACUCUGGAGGACCAUCUUCAGUAGGUUAUCGUCAUCCUAAUCAUCAUCUUGAGUGACUGAAAAGGAGAUCAAACCUGAAAACCAUCUGGAAAUAACAGCAAUAACAGGUUAAUAAGAUAAUUGUGAAGUAUUAAAUUGCAAGACCAAUGGUAAUAUACUCAAGGGCUCAGCUCUUUCUGGAUAACCUCAGUGCAGCUUUUGAGAAUGUGACUACAUCGCCUUUUUAAGAAUAAAUAGUUACUAUUUUGGCUGUAUUGGUGAGCAGCAGGAUUUUCUGCUUAGAUUUCCUUCUCUCAUUCAACUCAUGAGAUCCAUAGGUAAGAAUAGAUGGAUAGUUAAGAUGGGAUGUUACAAAACACCUUCACACUGAAAUUAGUCCAAGAAAGAAAGUGCUGCUUUGAGAUUUUUUUAUAAAAAUGUAUUAAUCGGAUUUGACUGAGGAGUUGGCUCAGACAGGAGGCCAUGUUUUACUAAACCAUCAUUAAAAAAGGCCGGUAGGGUAACUUGGCAGGUUUUACAUAAAUACAGUGUGCUUGUGCUAAAAAAAGAUCUAGGUUUCUAAUGGAAAUUUUUAUGAUUCAAAGGGAGUACUUCAAUCUACUAAAAAAAUAGACCGCUUGCCACACAGAUGGGCUAGUUUUAAUAUUCUGAGGUAAACCCAACUUUUUUUUAACCGGUGUAACUGCCAAACCAACAAAGAACAGUGGUAGAAAACUGCUUCUGGUGGUGACUAAGAGCGAGGCAUCUCCUGCUGAAGCAAGUGUUCAGGGUCCAGUGGCUUUAUGAAAAUGGUACCUGAUGGAAUAGUGUUACCCACUACUGCAGGUGAUGGUGAUUGUUCAGUAGGAAUCCCACUGUCCUCGGAGAGACCAGGAUACUGAAACGUGGGUGCUUUGAAUUAAACCUCAGUGGGGAGCAAGGUAUUUCCCUGAGUUUUACGCACAGGAACCAUUUUGUGUGUUUCAGUCAGCUUGGGUGGUUAAUUCCCCUCCGAUUUGCUGUAUACUAUGUUACUUCUAAGUUGCAGAAUGUUUUUUACUGUAGCGGUACAAUCAAGAAAACCUUUUAG